GUCAAGGGAAAAGAAGUUGAGGCAGAGAGUAAACCUUUGCGAACACUAGCCCAAUUGGAUUGGGGAGCUCUCACCCAAACCUGAGACUGGCUGUUAGAAAUACCCACGGGCGGGGCGAGUUUAAAGCGGCUUUCGCGCGCCUAGAGCGUCGGACUGUUAUUGGCCAGCGACAUCCUCCCUUUGUGGGAGCUCCCUGCGUAGUCGGGGUUAGGGGUUGGGAGGAGCGGCCAAGUGACGCAGCAGCUGCCCCAGCUAAUCAGGGAUGGGAAAGGGAGGCCAAGAAGGAAGUGGAUCUGCUGCAGCUCAGCUAAACUGCUGCGAACUACCCGCUUCGUCUCCCUCCGCCGCUAUCCGGGCCUGAGCGGGAGCUGCUGGGACGGCGUCACUGGGAGGGCUGGGGCGGAAGUGGAGGCGGAGGGAGACGGCGGCGUCCAGAGGGACUUGGGCUCUCGCGGCGAGGCCCUGGUGGGCGCGAAGUAGGGGAGGGGGAGGAGGAGGAGCCCGCGGCCCGGGUGGUGGUGCCCGAGUUCUCCGUAGGGCCCCGCCUUGGAGCGGGCGGCGGUGGAGGAGGAGACUGAGGAGCAGGAUGGCGGCCUCGGCCCUGUACGCCUGCACCAAGUGUACCCAGCGCUAUCCGUUCGAGGAGCUCUCCCAGGGCCAGCAGCUGUGCAAGGAAUGUCGGAUUGCACAUCCUAUUGUAAAAUGUACUUACUGCAGAUCAGAAUUUCAACAAGAGAGCAAAACUAAUACAAUUUGUAAGAAGUGUGCUCAAAAUGUGAAGCAAUUUGGCACGCCUAAGCCUUGUCAGUACUGUAAUAUAAUUGCAGCAUUUAUUGGUACAAAGUGUCAGCGUUGCACAAAUUCAGAAAAAAAAUAUGGACCACCUCAGACCUGUGAACAGUGCAAACAACAAUGUGCAUUUGAUCGGAAAGAAGAAGGAAGAAGAAAGGUUGAUGGAAAAUUAUUAUGCUGGCUCUGUACUUUAUCAUACAAGAGAGUUUUACAGAAAACAAAAGAACAGAGGAAGAGCUUGGGAUCUUCACAUUCAAAUUCAUCAUCUUCGUCUCUUACUGAGAAAGACCAGCAUCAUUCAAAGCAUCAUCACCACCAUCACCACCAUCACCAUCGUCACAGCAGUAGCCAUCACAAAAUCAGCAAUCUGAGUCCAGAACAAGAGCAGGGACUGUGGAAACAGAGCCAUAAAUCCUCUGCAGCAAUUCAGAAUGAAACUCCAAAGAAAAAGCCCAAAUUGGAAUCUAAGCCAUCUAAUGGAGAUAGCUCUAUAAAUCAGUCAGCAGAUAGUGGGGGAACAGACAAUUUUGUCCUUAUAAGUCAACUGAAAGAAGAAGUGAUGUCACUUAAACGUCUCUUACAGCAGAGAGACCAGACCAUUUUAGAAAAAGAUUAAAAAGUUAACUGAACUAAAGGCAGACUUCCAGUACCAAGAGUCAAACUUGAGAACAAAGAUGAACAGUAUGGAAAAAGCUCACAAAGAAACUGUGGAACAACUUCAGGCCAAAAACAGAGAACUACUCAAACAGGUUGCAGCAUUGUCAAAGGGUAAAAAGUUUGACAAAAGUGGAAGCAUACUAACAUCCCCUUGAAAAAGUUACCGAUUUAGUGUUUUUGCUGAAAAUGUAAAUUUGAAAAAUAUUCUGUGAAGCCCUCUAAAUUCUGGGUAGUGGAAAAAUAUUUUUGCACACAAAUGAACUGGCGUGUUUCCUAUUCACUUUUGUAACUGACAUACAGCAUUUUUUAAGUUGUAAAACAUUCAGAAUAAAACUUCAACUGGUUGAAGUAACUUUUUAAUUAUAUGAUACCAGGAACUUUUUUGCCAGCAAUAGUAUUAAACAGUUGUAAAAGGAGUGCAUGAGUAGUGCUUUUUAUAAAAUGCAACAUGCAAUAAUAGAGUAGGUAUGAUUUUAAGAAAUCAGAGCAGCAGGGUUUUUGUUUUAUUUUUGUUUUCCACCAUGCUAAUUUCAGAUAAACAGGUUUCAAUUCAGAAAUACAAAAACUUUUAAACAAGAAAAUGGUGAAUACUGGUUUUUUGGUGAUUGAUUCACUUUGCAUCAUAUAAUUUAGGAGAGAAUCAUGGUGCUUUUAUUAAAUGAACUUCAGAGAAUAUGUAAAUAUAUUUUUUAAAUUUACAUCAUUAACAUUAGUUAGUAAACUGGUAUUUUCAUUAUUGCUAUAGGAAUUAAUGUUUAUUGUAUAUAUCCAAGGUAAAAUGUGUUUCGUUUUGUAAAAACUACUGUGGAUUUUUACUUACAAGUGCCUUUUUGCCACCUAAUGUUUUUAUUUAUAGGAAUGCUGAUCUUUUGUAUAUAGUUUGUUUUAAAAUUGUGUUUAAUAAGUGUAUAUAAAUGCAUAUGUACAGAAGCCUAUUUCAAAAGGAAAUCAAAGUUGCUAGUAAAAUGUUUGAGGUUGCAUUAAGAACUGAUAAUGCAUAUAGACUUUAGAUGAUUUUGUGGUUUGUUUCUGUGUGAUAAGGGAAGCAGUUGGUCAUUGAAUUCAUUGAAUUAUAUCAAAAUACUGCCCCAAAGAUUUAAUUUUUAAUCACUUCUUGAUAGAGUAAUUUUAUUUUUUAUGCAAUAUGGCUUCAUGUUCAUAUUUUGUAAGUUACAUGUUUGCUUUAUUUUUUUUAUAAAAAUUUAUAAUUUUUCUGCAGUGGUCCAUAUAUCUGCUUUCCUUAUAAUAUGUGGUUAUCUAAGUUAAUAUUUAUGUACACCAUACUUAAUUUGUAAGUUUAAGGCAAAUCUGGAGAGAAAUUAAAUAACUUUUAACACCAAUCUGUGACUAUCUUUGAUAAAUGGGAAUCUAUUGUUUAAGCUUCAGGUACUAUUUAUAAGAAACUUAUAUAAGAGUCUUUUUAAAACUGUCUAUAAAAGAUUAAGGUAGGUUGGGAUAGGUUAUGGAAGUUAUCGACUAAUUAUAUUUUGAUCUGUUGGUUUUCAGCCUAUAAUGGAAUUGAUCUCCUACUUUAUAUAUGCCAGUUCAGACUUUCAGUUGAAUUUUAAAGCAUCAAGCAUUGCUAGAUAUACUGGAUAGAGUGGAAGGUUCUUUCUCUUAGGAAUUUAUAGACAAGAGUAAAUUUGUUUGAAGUACACUGAAUAUUUAUCAAUUUUGAAAAUUUUUUGGAAAACAAGCAUUGAUUAUGAAUGUCAUCAAAAGUCAUUUUUUCUCAGAACAUAGGAUAAUUGUAAUUGUUUUUAACAUUAUUCGUGUUUCAGUAGAUUAUUCCUGUGGGUAUUCCUUAUAAGUCAAUAUUAUAUAAUUGUCCAGUGUGAAAACAUACAAUCUAGGGUAAUUUUCAAGUGAUAGCAAAGGACUGAGUCAGUCAAACUUGAAAGAACUAAACCAGUUUAUUUUUAUGAUAUCCUCAUGUAAUAGUCUUCCUAAAUUUAGUACUUUCAACAAUGCUACAUACUGCCUUCUUAACACAGAUUUUAAUGUUUGCAGGAUUUGCUAAGUUUAUAAGAUAGUCAUUACCUUUCUCUAAAAUUUUUAAUGUUUUAUAUUCUGGUUUCAUAGUCAUUUGUCAAUCCAUAGUGGUUAUUAUGGUUUUAAAAUAAGUUGCAUAAUAGUUCUUUACCUUGUUGGAGCCACUACAAAGGGAAGGUGCCCCUUUCCACUUUUUUAGGUAACAGAUUGAAAAUUUAAAAUCAGUCUAAAUAAUUAAGCUUCACUAAAAUCUUUUAGGGGUUUUACUCUAUUUAGCAUUAAUUAAAUACCCUCUCUUUAUUUCAUGGUCUUAUUUUAUAACUUAAUUUCUUUGCAGUUGAAUAAACUAUCAAUUGAGUCCCAGACCUGGAUCUCUUAUGUUAACAUAAGGAGCUGAUACUCUUUAAAUGUGGACCUGUAAGGAGAUACUAUGGUGUGCCGUAUCGUGCUUUUUAGCCUGUUUUCAGCUAUUAGCAUUUACCAGUGAGGGUCAUUUUGGCUCAAGUUAUUUAUGUAUUAAUAGCCUGUGAAUAUUACAGUCCUUUUUAGAUUGUAUUGGUCUAAAUAUGCAUUCUGCGUGAACCUGUUAAAGCUGUUCACAUGUAUAGACUUGAAAUACUGUACUUGUACACAUCCGACUGUUGACAUUUUGUACCUUUUUCUAAAUCCAAUGUUUCACAAUAAAAACUUAUCAAAAAUUU